UUUAAAUACAAUUGAAUAUUCCUUAAACAGAUAUAUAAAAUAUCCGUAAUCCGCGUUUUUAUUUUAUUUUGUAGAAACUUAUUUUAAGUAGAGUCCACGAAUUAACACAAUGGAAGGCUUUAUUUAUGUGGUGAAUCCGCCAGAAAUUCCACGUGUUGCCUUCGGAUCUUGUAUGGAGCGUAUUACGUUGCCUAUGUCGGGACCGGGUCUCUCGUCAUUCAUGCGCAAAAUACAAGGUGAAGUGCGUGAUUUUCCCGGUCCAUUCGAGUAUGUGCACAGCAAGGAGUCGUUAGAUAAAAAAUAUCCAUCUGCGUAUGGUUAUUCAUCGUUUGCUAGUAAAUUGCCGCGCCUACCGCCCACUGAUAUGUCACGCUUUCCACCAAUUGGCGCUUAUAAUGUUGAACCGAAGAAGAAAAUCAAACAAGCCGCACGCCCAUUCAAUAUCGGCACGAAACGUGUUCAAAUAAAGAAACUCGUAACACCAUGUCCAGCCGAUUAUGCAGCCGACCAACCUCGAUCCAGUCUUAACAUAUGUUCCGCUUUUGGUUCGCGACGCAUAAUUUGGCCAGCCGUUGCCGUUAUUUGCACACCCGUGAAUAUCGCAAAAUGCUCCAAGUGCAAUAAAACUCCGGUCGGCGAUUAUUUCCAUCAAUUUCAAUUGAAUUUGGAUAUGUGUCGUCGCUGCAUGAACAAGCAGUUGAAAAUGUUGAAGCGCUGCUCCACCGAUCUCUUCUAUCGUGCACGUAUGCGUACCGAAUUGAGUCUAUAUCGACCGGUAAGGUACUGCGACUUCUUUCACGAUCAUCAGGGUACGACGGCGGCCAUACAACAUAUGCCYACAUCAACGUUGCGCUAUAAAAUCAAAACGGAAAAUUAUAUUUACAUGUUUAAGAAGCGCUGAUGCGUGACGUCACGAAAYGCAACUCUGCGCUACAUAUGUACAUACA